AUGUCAUAUAACGAUAAAAAGAAGAAACUCGAAGAAUUAGCUGCUAAACGCAGAGCAAAGGAUUCUGAGGAGGAGAAAAGGCAACAAAAAGAUACAAAGUCUUCUGCUGGACCAGCAGGUUCUUCAAAGGAAAAAGGUUCGCCUACCAUCCGUUCUUCACCUGUAAGAAAUAAAUCGAGUUCGCCAUUAAGAUCAAAGAGCGGAAGAGCUGUAACUCGAGACAAAUAUGUGAACGAUGGAUUUAUCGAUGAUGACGAAGAAGAAGAAGAGCUCGAUUCUGAAAGUCAAGCUUCAUCCGGAGAAAAAUUUUCUGUGUCCGACGAAAUUUCGGAAUCGGAUUAUUCAGAUGGUGUAGGAUCAAGCAAAAGGAAAAAUAAGAAAGUUACACCAAGCUCAAAGAAAUCCAAGGGCAGUAAUAAUAAAAAGAAAACAACAAAAAGAAAGAAGAUCGAGAGCGAAGGUGAUGAUAGCUCUGAAGAAGAGGUGGUGAGAAAAAAAUCAAGUAAAAAGAACAAAAAGAAAAAGAGAGAUAGUGGCGGAUCUGAAGAAGAAUUAUCCGACAUUCGUAAGGACGAGCUUGAAGCACUUGAUACUUCUCAAAUCAUCAAAGGAAGAAGAACAAGAGGAAAACAAAUAGAUUUUAGGGGACAAGACCCAUAUGACGACGAUGAAUAA